CGGACGGACAAAACUACAUACAAGACUAAACACGAACCAACCAAACCAAACGACGGAGACGUCUCAGCAAGAGAGCAAAUCGUCGCCCCUUUCUCUCGGCCGAAUCGAGGUUCAGAGGCGAAUAUCAACCCUGAAAAGGGCACCGGCCGAAGAAAAAAUUAAGAAAUGGCCUCCACGGACGUUGAGAGGCUGGUGUCGGUCGAGCCGUCGGGCUCGUGCACCAACUUGCACGUUUCAAAACUGAAGGAGCAACCGCGCACCUCCAAGUACUGGAAGAAAAAGAAGCCGAUGGACAGCUUCGAGGGCAAAGAGCCCGGCCCGAACGACUUCAGGCCCAGAAAUGGCAAGAAGCGGAGUUACUCGGGAGGCAAGCACGGCCCCAUGCACAAGAAGCACAAGCGCAACGAAUUCAUGAAGCAGCCGACCAAGUUUCUGCUCGGCGGAAACAUCCAUGACCCGCUCAACCUGCAGAGUCUGCAAGACGCUGAAAUCAAUAGGAUUAUGAAUGCGGUGACUCCACAGUCUUCUCCACUGCCAACCCCGAAGCACCGCAAGGAGGCCAUAGAAGUGCUAAUCCCGCCGGACAUCUACGACCCCCUAAACCUGAAGGAGGAGGACCCUAAUUAUGAACUAGAGCUGAUUAGCCCCAAGAAAGAGAAGAAACGCAAGCGCAAACGCAGACUCUCCCUCGUCUCUCCGGACGGACCCCAGGCCAAAACUCCUCGACUAAAAAUCGCACCGGCCGAAAAGGCCGUUCGACCCACCAGUCUGGAGGACGCCAAGCCGGCAGCACACUGGAAACCACCACCAACGGGCAAAAUUGUCAGUCCUGUGAUUCCCCAGCCAGGAGGGUGGUCGCGCAAGUUGCACAAAAAAGUGGCAGCCAACAAACCGGCACAGCCCAAAAAGCAGCAGUCUACUUUGUACCAGUUUGGAAAUUACGACCGAUAUUACGGAUACAGACUGCAAGACGGUGCCGGUGACCUGAGGUUGAAAGUCAUUCACCAAGGUCUGAUUCAAGGCAAGGACGUGCUCGACAUUGGCUGCAAUUCGGGUCAGUUCACUAUGGCACUGGCCCUUUACGGCGCCAAUUCAGUAGUUGGACUUGAGAUCGACACAGACCUGGUCAAGAAGGCGAGGGAGAAUAAAAGACUUUUUGUCCGCGGCGAGGCAUCCAGCGUGCUUGAUGCUGGGCUGGAAAAGUGUCUGCGGGAGACGAAUCCAACCCUGGAUAAUCUGAUUUUUGUUGAUGGAGAUUAUGUUUUAAGUGAUGAAGAGCAGUUAGCUCAGCAGAAGCAAGCCUUCGAUGUCAUCACAUGCAUGAGUGUGACAAAAUGGAUGCACCUAAAUCACGGAGAUGAUGGACUGAAGAGAGCUUUCAAAAGAAUGUACGCACAGCUGAGGCCAGGCGGAGUACUUAUUAUGGAGCCCCAGUCUUUCAAAAGCUACAAGCUGAAAAAAGCUGUCACCGCCAAAACUUUGGAGAACUUCAACAAAAUCAAGUUGUUCCCGAACAAGUUUACCGACUACUUGUUGUCUGCAGAGGUUGGUUUUGCCAAGGCUGAGGUCCUUGGUGUGCCAUCCCACCACUCAAAAGGCUUCCAGAGGCCCAUACUUAUGUUCACCAAGGCGGAAGUGAAGGAGUCAAGCGCCUAAUCCUAUGCUUGUAAAGAAAUGUCCCCCAAGUUUAUGAAGUGCUAAGUUUAUUGAUGGUGAUUUAAGCUCCUUUCAAGUCGGGAGACCGUGAUGAUGCUUCAAUAAAGUUAAGUUUUCAGUAAUAAUAUCUAC